GUCAUACUGAGAGGUAUGAUGCUGUGUUAUUUUUGGUUACUUCAUUUAGUUGCAGAGAGGGGGCAAAUAUUCAAAACAGCAGCAACCACAAUAAUUCUAACCACAAUAAUUGUUAACACAGUUGGAAUUUAGCAAAGACCUUCUGAAAGAUGCUUUUGGUUUAUCUGGAUUUACGAUUCAGCAUCAGGCUUUCCUUAUGUAAUUGGAAUUGAAGCAACAAUGUUGAUAUAUUUUAGUGUUUCAAUUGUGUCACUUUGGGGUCUGAGCUUUGUGUUCUGCUGACAGGUGCCCUGUCAUAGCUGUCAUCAUGAGAAUUAGACCAGUCAGAAAAAGAGCAGUGGUGGCUAAAGACACCUGUCACAACACCUGAUGACUUGCCCAGAGUGCGGCACAGGCACGAGCCGGCAACCGUCACAUCCGGCAUCAUGAUGGAAGGAGGCAUGCAGCUGCUGAACCGCGAUGGCCACAGCAUCUCACACAACUCCAAGCGCCACUACCACGACUCCUUCGUGUCCAUGAACAGGAUGCGACAGCGUGGGCUGCUGUGUGACAUUGUGCUGCAUGUCUCCAACAAGGAGAUCAAGGCCCACAAGGUGGUGCUGGCUUCCUGCAGCCCUUACUUCCAUGCCAUGUUCACCAGUGUUUGCAGACAGUUGCUUCUAAUAAUAAUUGGAAAUAAUUGGAUUGCUGCUGAAAAGGACUGUAAGGACUUUGGGUCAGGAUCCAAAUCCCACUGUGGAAAUUGGGUAGUCUGUUUUCCGAGAGCACUGUCCUUUUUGCGCCCUUGAGCAAGUCAUGCCAAUGGAUUCAGCCUCCGCAUGAGCCUGAAAAGGAUAAGAGCUUCGAGUCGCCACUGAACACAAGGCAGUCUCUCCAAAAACGCCGUCUGUCCAGAAGUGCGAGGAACAAACAGGCAUAUAACAGUGUAGGAAGAUACAGGAGUGGAAACCUUUGAUUUUUUCCUUCAAGCAGUAAAUCCUCAUCAGCUAUGAGGCUGACCUGAGCACAUCUAGCUAGAUGAAAGACGCAGUGAGAGAUGAGAUGUCCGAGAGUCGUCAGACCCACGUGACGCUACACGACAUUGACCCCCAAGCUUUGGAGCAGCUUGUCCAGUACGCCUACACAGCAGAGAUCGUGGUCGGGGAGGGUAACGUUCAGACGUUACUUCCGGCGGCAAGCCUGCUGCAGCUCAACGGGGUGCGAGACGCCUGCUGCAAGUUUCUCCUGAGCCAGCUAGACCCUUCCAACUGCCUCGGCAUCCGAGGCUUUGCCGACACGCACUCCUGCAGCGAUCUUCUCAAGUCGGCACACAAGUAUGUCCUGCAGCACUUUGUGGAGGUCUCCAAGACAGAGGAGUUCAUGCUACUGCCGCUGAAACAGGUCCUGGAUCUGAUCUCCAGUGACAACUUGAACGUUCCAUCUGAAGAGGAAGUGUACCGGGCUGUGCUAAGCUGGGUUAAACAUGACAUAGAUGGGCGCCGACCACAUGUUCCAUGGUUGAUGAAGUGCGUGCGGCUGCCGCUGCUGAGGCGGGACUUCCUCAUGAGCAACGUCGAUACAGAGCUGCUGGUGCGUCACCACUCGGAGUGCAAGGAUCUGCUGAUCGAGGCACUCAAGUAUCACCUGAUGCCCGAGCAGAGAGGCGUGCUCAGCAACAGCAGGACACGGCCGCGGCGCUGCGAGGGGGCCAGCCCGGUGCUCUUUGCUGUCGGUGGUGGCAGUCUUUUUGCCAUUCAUGGAGACUGUGAGGCGUACGAUACCAGAACGGACCGCUGGCAUAUGGUGGCCUCCAUGUCCACUCGGCGGGCCCGGGUUGGUGUGGCGGCCAUUGGCAACAGACUUUAUGCUGUUGGAGGGUACGAUGGUACCUCAGACCUGGCCACUGUAGAAUCAUAUGACCCCAUCACUAACUCCUGGCAACCAGAGGUUUCCAUGGGAACGCGGCGGAGCUGUCUGGGCGUGGCCGUCUUGCAUGGACUGCUGUAUGCUGCUGGGGGAUAUGAUGGCGCUUCCUGCCUCAAUAGUGCAGAGCGGUUCGACCCUCUGACCAGCACGUGGACAUCUGUUGCUGCCAUGAGCACCCGCAGGAGAUAUGUUCGAGUUGCAACGCUGGAUGGCAACCUGUAUGCGGUGGGGGGUUAUGACAGCUCCUCGCAUCUUGCGACGGUGGAGAAAUACGAUCCUCAGAGCAACACUUGGACACCGAUAGCCAACAUGCUGAGUCGGCGUAGCAGUGCUGGAGUAGCCGUACUGGAUGGCAUGCUGUAUGUGGCGGGGGGGAAUGAUGGCACCAGCUGCCUCAACUCUGUGGAAAGGUUCAACCCCAAGACCAACACUUGGGAGGGAGUGGCUGCCAUGAACAUACGCAGGAGCACUCACGACUUGGUGGCCAUGGAUGGCUGGUUGUAUGCCGUGGGAGGUAACGAUGGCAGCUCCAGCCUCAAUUCCAUCGAGAAGUACAGCCCCCGCAGCAACAAGUGGGUAGCAGCCUCCUGCAUGUUCACCCGCCGCAGCAGCGUGGGGGUGGCCGUGUUGGAGCUACUCAACUUCCCGCCGCCAUCUUCUCCUACCCUGUCGGUGUCCUCCACUAGUCUUUGACACGGGGUCAUUGCUUGGCUGACCUCAGCCUCUACUACCACUAUGGCCCAGACUGGCUCUGGGAAGAGGCGGAACUGCUCGGUUUGAGGAGAGUCCAGGUGUGAAUGAGGCUCCUGGCUGGGAUGAACACACAUUAGUAAACAUGGGAAUUUACAGCUGCUAGAAUUAAUCGAUGCAUCAAUGGUUAAUUGAUGCAUCGAUUAAUCGGAAAAGAAUGGAUCGGUUAUUAAAAGAAUCGUUCGUUGCAGCCCUAAUCACAAUAACACUUUAAACCAAGAUCGGACAACAAUGUGAGGUCAAAGGUCAAAUGUGAGCCGGGGCUUAUCCCAACUGAUUUAGGGCAAGUGACGGUGUGCCACCAUUGUUUCAACUUGCGCAAUUCCAAUUCCGAUUCCUCGUUUUGAUUCCGAAAAGAAGUUAGCAUGGUUUAAAUAAGGGCGCUAACCAAAGUUACUGGGUGAUUGACUGGACCAACACGGUGCCCAAAUGUAUGCACCUGCCUACUUUAGUUCAUGAUAACACACUUCCAUAACAUAAAGUUCACUUGACUUAUCACCUAUCACUGUUGGUUGCUAUAUGAUGUAUUCAUCUAGAAUGGAACACCUUGGACCCAAACUUCAUACCACUGUUAGUACCAAACCAUUUAGAAUGAACAUAAGGAGUACACCUUCACAUUAUAUUUUAAAUCUUAUGAAAAAAAACAAUGCCACAUAUCCUGUUGCUCACGAGAGCCUUAUGAUACAGAAUAGAGCAAAUGUAACUUACCCAUGUUACUGAGUUCCUACUAAUCUGUGGGGAGGAAGGGUUCUGUUUUGGGACAGUCUGUGAUUUUGGACUGUGCAUGCCAACAGGAGAACCUUGAGAGAACCCAUGCAAGCCCACCAUAGACAUAAAAAGGUCCACUCCAUAUGUUUGUAUGUCUGUCCAGCUGCCCAGUUGCCCCAUUCACAUGCCAGCUGUCUCUUCCAGAGUAGAAACAUCCUGGAGGAACACUGACCAAGCCCACUUCCAUUUCCCAUCACUCUCUAAACUUGGUGGACCCUUCUAUCGUGCACAUGAUACUUUUGUUUUCACGUUCUUGUGGCGGUCGUGUCUCAAGAGACUUUGAUGAAGGUGCGUUACGAAUGUAGCUCCUUGAAUGGUUGAUUGUAACGGUGCAUGUUCCUCCUAGGCAUUGACUCCCAAUCAGGAGGUUCAAAUAUGGUAGUGCUGCUAACGCCACACUAGGUGGCAGUAAUAAUGCAAACGUUAUGAAACCUUCUCCCACAGCAUGGACGUUGGCAGAGCAGACCAGCCACAUCAGGUUUUUAUGUUUAAAAAAGUUUGAAUCGUGAUGAAUUUUCAUGUAUAUAUUGUGUAAAUGCUAAUAUAUUUAAUUUUAAGAGAAAGACAUGGCUAUUUAGAGUGCUGUAAUAUAUUUAUUUAUGUGUGACAUAAACAUAUUGUUUGACACUUUGCAAAGAGACUGGUGUGCAAGAGAAGUAGCGUGUUUGUGUUUAAGUUAUCUUGGAUUGCUUUUAUUUCUCGUGUGUCAUUUGCUUCUAUUAGGGAUGGCUGCUUUGGAAAAUUAGCAAGGAUGUCAUUCAUUGUCCGAGUGUUCUGGGCUCCUGUUUCCAUGGCGCUGUUGGACCUCAAUUUCCCAAAGUUUUAUUUGAUUACCGUGCCUCUCCCUGGAGUCCCAUGUUUGUCCAUACGUCCGGUUAUUGUGUGUCACCAUCACCUCCUGUCUUCUUUUUACACUUUAUGGUGUUCACACAAGGACACAUAAUUCAUAUAUCAUGACAGCAGCAUGCAAAAAUGUAUGAAAGCAUUCCUACUGGGAAAUCUUCAAUAUCUUACAUUCCUCUUUUUUAAUAGCGGAACUAAAUGUGUGCAAUUUAACGUUAGCAUUUCAGAUGUCUAGAUGUUCCAUCUAGAUCUUCUGGAUCUGAUCAGAGGUGGGCAAACCUUUGGACCGGUUUUGGCGGUCGAGUGUUUACCGCGCAGACCUCACAGCUAGGAGACCCGAGUUCAAUUCCACCCUCGGCCAUCUCUAUGUGGAGUUUGCAUGUUCUCCCCGUGCAUACGUGGGUUUUCUCCGGGUACUCCGGUUUCCUCCCCCAUUCCAAAAACAUGCUAGGUUAAUUGGCCACUCCAAAUUGUCCAUAGGUAUGAAUGUGGGUGGGAGUGGUUGUUUGUCUAUAUGUGCCCUGUGAUUGGCUGGCCACCAGUCCAGGGUGUACCCCGCCUCUCGCCUGAAGACAGCUGGGAUAGGCUCCAGCACCCCUGCGACCCUCGUGAGGAUAAGCAGUAGAAAAUGAAUGAAUGCCUUAUUUUCAUCUGUAAAAGUGUCAUACAUCAACUGCAUGUGCUUGUGCCCCACUUUAGACUUCAGACAUCAUCAUGUAAUGUGCGAAUCAGGGAUUUGUGAUGUGCAACUAUGAAGGCUAAAAGAGCAUGUGAUUUCCAAACAGUGCAGUGUGUAGGUUCAACAUGCGUGUUCCACCUUUGUUGGGACCACGGGUGACGUAGCUGUCGGGAUGUAUGCAUGUAAAAAUGAAAAACAAACCCCUGUUCUCAGAUUGACUGACUCUGACAACUAGUUAACAACAGUUGGUACGUUAAAAGUUGAACUUUAUUCAAUACUUUGGAAGCAGCUCGAGGGCACGAUGUGGUAGUUUGCCCAUCGCUGAUCCAGAUUCUACAAGGAAGUUGAAAAGUCAGUAAAAAGGGCCUCACCAGGACAACGAUCAUUAGCCAUUUCCUGUUUUGUUGAUUUCCCCUGGUGGGCCCAGUGGGAUCAACCUGAAGUCGUAUGGAGAUGCUGUUAGUCUUUAAAUCUUCAGAGAUGGACAAAGAGCCACAACGUGUAAAUACGCUAAAUCAGUCCGUGUUGUGCAAUGUCAAUGAUGACUGUCGCUCAUUGUAGUGUGUGCCUCAUGUACGUAGUGAAUAUUUGUUUAUGUUUGGACUUUGAAAUAUGAAUUUUGCACAAUUGUGGAUGGAGCAAUAAACUGAAAAACAUGAAAAGCUGUUCCAAAUGUGAUUAACAAGCACACACUUGAUUCCGGUGUUGCUCGGCUGACUGGACAACAUUGCUCAGUCGCUUCCCAACAAGCUCCGCUUUCAAGCAGACAGCUGAAUACUCUCACUUUACGCCCUGA